AGACGAGGACACCAGCAUGUAUAAAACCGGAGCUUGUCCAUCCAUAAACACGGUCUGAACACGACAGCAGCCAUGGCAGAUUUUGUAAAAAAUAUGUUGGGAAAUGACGGGAUGAGAGAUAUGGUUGCAUCGGAAACAGGUAAAGUGGUGGAGGGCUUCGUGAAGAAAGCAAUGGGUGGAGAAGGAGGAGACCAGAAGGAAGAGGGGGCAGGUGAUGUUGUAGGCACCUUGAUGAGCGCUGUGACUGGAGGAGGAGACAAGAAGGAAGAGGGGGCAGGUGAUGUUGUAGGCACCUUGAUGAGCGCUGUGACUGGAGGAGGAGACAAGAAGGAAGGGGAGGGAGGUGAUGUGGUAGGCACCUUGAUGAGCGCCGUGACUGGAGGAGGAGACAAGAAGGAAGGGGAGGGAGGGCUGGAUGUGUCGAAAGCUUUGGGAGGACUCUUUUAAGUAGAAACCCAACAGACCAGACUCUCUUUCAGCUUCAUCAAACCCUCAGCUCUUCCCAAACUACUGGAAAACAAUUACCUUCAUUAUUUACACUUGAUUUGUUGCACUUCCAUUUUAAAUGUUGCACCACAUUUGGGGUUGAGAAAAUAAACACAAAAAGCCACAAAAAAGUGAUAAAAACUGAUUAAAUCUGAAUAACACACAUAAACUGAUUUAUAAUCUGAUUUUUAAAAGGGUCACUAUCAGUAUUUUGUGUUAUUUUGCUAUCUUGAAUUAAAUAACUUAAAACAUGA